GAUUGGGCAAUAUCAGCGGAGGUGACUGGGCGGUGCCCACGAGGCCGCGGGUGAAGUGCGAGCGCAAGAGUGCGCGAACGCGAGUUCCGGCGGGAGCAUAGUGCUGAAGGCCGGCACCUUCACCAUGCCCUCGGCUGAGCUGGACUACACCAUCGAGAUCCCGGAUCAGUCCUGCCGGAGCCGGGAGAACAGCCCGAGCCAAGAUGGGAAGGAGGCUGGGACUCGACAGCCUUUAGUGAUUCUCUUGGGCUGGGGUGGCUGCUCCGACAAGAACCUUGCCAAGUACAGCGCCAUCUACCACAAAAGGGGCUGCAUCGUGAUCCGAUACACAGCUCCGUGGCACAUGGUCUUCUUCUCCGAGUCCCUGGGCAUCCCUUCACUUCGUGUUUUGGCCCAGAAGCUACUUGAGCUCCUCUUUGAUUAUGAGAUUGAGAAGGAGCCCCUGCUCUUCCAUGUCUUCAGCAACGCCGGUGCCAUGCUGUACCGAUACGUGUUGGAGCUCCUGCACACCCAUCGGCGCUUCUGCCAUCUGCGUGUGGUGGGCACCAUCUUUGACAGCGGUCCUGGUGAUAGCAACCUGGUGGGGGCUCUGCGGGCCCUGGCAGCCGUCCUGGAGCACCGGCCUGCCGCACUGCGCCUGCUGCUGCUGGUGGCCUUCACCCUGGUAGCAGUCCUGUUCCAUGUCCUGCUCGCUCCACUCACCGCCCUCUUCCACACCCACUUCUAUGACCGGCUACUUAAUGCGGCCUCUGGCUGGCCCGAGCUCUACCUCUACUCCAGGGCCGAUGAGGUGGUGUUGGCCAGGGAUGUGGAGCGCAUGGCGGAGGCCCGCCUGGCGCACCAGGUUGUGGUGCACUCGGUGGACUUCGUGUCAUCUGCCCAUGUCAGCCACCUCCGUGACUACCCCACUCGUUACACGAGCCUCUGCGUCAACUUCAUGCGCAGCUGUGUCCAUUGCUGAGAUCCUUGUCCCACCCACCUCACCUCUGUUCCAGAAAUAAAUGCCUGACACCUCCCUACAAACUGUAUGCAUGGGUGGGGUCCUCUUCUGGUUCCACUCCCUUCAGCCCUUUGGGACUUUGCAGUUUCCCAAGCAGAGAAUUCCCUUGGGCCCUGUCCUGGGGGACUGUGGUGGUUGCUUAUCCCAGGAUCCUAGCAGGUGGGAGUCCCUGGGCAUGUCUCUGUGGGAGCCUGGCGGUGGUUGCGUUUGGACCAGUGUAGCCAUCAGGCUGCCGAUUCCUGUGGCAUUUAGGCCAAUGGGGUUAACCAAGUGCAGGUGGGGGGCUGAUAGCCCCUGGGUUCAUCUCUGAUUCCUUGAAUGGGAAGUGAGCUUUGUGAGGAGGUGCCAGAGGGUAGGAUCAGGCUGGGGCAGGCGCUGUGAUCUCUGCUCCAAGUCCCUAGAAGGGCAAAGCCCCACGGCAUGAAGUACCAUCCCCAUGGAUGCCUCUUGGCAUUUCAUGCAGACUUCUCUGACCUCACUGCCAGGGUGUCUGAGGUAGAAGGCAGAUGGGGAGCUGAGGGUGCAGAGGUGGUGGGCCUGCCCAGGUCCACACUUUGCCAGGAAACCACUGGAUCUAGGAAGGUUGCAAAGUGAGUGUGCAAUGGGCAGAUGGAGUGGGAGCAGAAGGAAGACAGCAGUGCUGUACGGGAGCUGGGACAGGUGAAGUCAGGAGCCCAGAAGACCAGCACCAGGGCCAGGGGCUGUUUGGCUGAAACAGCAAACUCCCUCAUCUCCGAGAUGGAGUCUCAUUUGGAUCCUCUCUGGGCAGGAGUGGUGGCUCUAGCCUUAGAAUUCUGUAUCCCCUACAUUCCACAAGUCUGCUCCACAGUGCUGGCACAAAAUAGGCAUUCAGGCUGUGUUGAUCGAAGAAGCUUGCUGUGGUGAUCAAGGGACUUGGGGGUGGUGCCGAGCUUUGAGAGUUUGACAGGCAGUGGAGGAGAUGGCUGGAAAAGCUCUGGGAGGGAGCUUAGCCCUCAUGUUCUCAGGGCUGGUGGACCCUCUGAGAGCUCUAUUUGCACGGAGUCAGUCCACGUGGGCCCUCUGGGGACUUGGCCGCUGAGUCCUAGGCUGUGUGGCUGCAUUUCUAGCCAUGGCCAACAGGUGGCAGUGCUGCCUGCGUCAUGAAUGGGAGAUCAAGAAUCUCACAACACCGUCUGCUUCAGGCCCUCACCCUCAGUACGUGGGCCCAGCCAUGAAAGACCUGCAAAGUCCAAGGCAGGGAGAAGGGAGACUGGAGACCUGAACUGAGCCCGCCUCAUGGGAACUGGUUAUUGUCUACUUGUCUUCCAAACCCUUAGCGCCAUUGUGGCUGUUCCACCUGGACAGGCCACAUACAUUCCCAUAGAAUCUCUGGCCUCAGGAUCCUUGUGCUCAGGUUGUUUGGAGCCAUCAAACUGGGCAUGGAGCUGUGAUGGGCCUCCACUGGGGUUUCAAUCGGGGUGAUUUGUCUUUGGGUGCAGGAGGCGGGAGCUGCCGACUGGACCUGAUUCUAUCACAUGCACUGUGGGCAUCCCGGAGAUUGGUGUGUGUGAGACAGGGGAUUUGGGAAGCUAGAGGUGGACCCGGCACGUGAGGAUUUGUAAAUAAAAGGAGCCUGGAGUUACGGAGAUACUCUGGGGUCUCGAAUUUUAGAGUAUUUUCUAAAAACAAGCUUUCUGUGGUGGGUGAGUACGCACCUGUGGCUUUGAGCACUGCCUGACAAAGCCCUCAGCUCAGACACUCGUCACUCUGUAGUCGGCAGCCAUGGGGAUGACGACCUGACAAGGCACCACCUCAGAGCCAGCUUGCCCAGCCGCAGUUGCCUGACUUGAGGGUCUGCGUUGGGUUAUAGAGGAUUCUACUAUCUCCACUUGGGGUUCCAGGCAGUAGCAACACUCAGCUACUGGUCACUGGGUUGGAGAACAGAAAAAAGCCACAGGGGUGCUGAGAUGGAGGUUCCACCUUUGGUCCCUGGCUUGUUUCAGGGGACUGGAAAGGGUUGGAGGCUUGGGGCUUGUGUUUUCACCUGCCCUAGACUGGGGGCUAGAGCUUGCAUCCCCUCUGCACCCCCAAGCUCUGACCUCUUCUGUGAUUAAUGAGCUGACGAUUCCACAUCAAUAAAGAAUUAA